CUGUCAUCCAGCUGCUGUUGUCACGUAAACAGUCCUGUUCACGCACGAGCCAGGAACAAACAACUAACCAGACUGGAAUGGCCUCAGCUCCCCUGCCCCCCCAUCUGGUCACCAAGGUGGAGCUGACCAUCUUGUGCCAAAACUUGCUGGACAAGGACAUCCUGUCCAAGUCGGACCCGAUGUGUGUCUUAUACAUCAACACCUCCAACUCCCACUGGUAUGAGUUUGGUCGCACAGAGAUGAUCCUGAAUUGCCUGAAUCCAAAGUUCGCCAAGAAGUUUGUUCUCGACUACUACUUUGAGAAGGUGCAGAGGCUGAAGUUCAGCGUGUACGACAUCGACAGCGACAGCUAUGACCUGGACAAGCACGACUUUCUGGGGGAGUUUGAAUGCACUCUGGGUCAAAUCGUGUCCAACAAGCAGAUGACUCGAGCGCUGCUGCUGAGGGACAGCAGGCCUGCGGGACGUGGGACCAUCACUAUCUGCGCUGAAGAAAUAACUGACACACGCGUGGUGAACCUUGAAGUGUCAGCCCGCAGCCUGGACAAAAAGUUUUUGUGGUGGUCUGAUCCUUUCCUGGAGUUCUACAAGCAAACAGGGACGGGAUGGCAGCUGGCCCACAGAACCGAGGUCGUGCGCAACAACCUGAACCCAGUCUGGAGACCCUUCCGCAUCUCACUGCGAUCUGUGUGUGAGGGUGAUGUGGAAAAACCAAUAAAGGUUGACUGCUAUGACCAUCGUGAAAAUGGCUCCCAUGUCCUUAUUGGAAGCUUCAGAGCCACACUAGCAGAGAUGUCCAUGCAAACACACACCUCCUUUGCAGAAUUUGAAUGCAUCAACCCAAAAAAGUUAGACAGCAGCAACUAUAAAAACUCAGGGGUCAUCUGCAUAAGGCGUUGUCAGGUGGAAAAGGAAUACAGCUUCCUGGAUUAUAUAAUGGGAGGGUGUCAAAUACACUUCACAAUUGCCAUUGACCUUACAGCUUCUAAUGGGGAUCCCUCGUCUCCUGAAUCCCUCCACUACAUCAACCCUGUGGGCCAUAAUGAAUACCUGCAGGCCAUAUGGGCCGUGGGUAAUGUCAUCCAAGACUAUGACAGCACCAAGAUGUUUCCUGUGUUUGGUUUUGGAGCCAAAGUUCCUCCAUCCUAUCAGGUUUCCCAUGAGUUUCCCAUCAACUUCAACCCAACAAAUCCAUUCUGUUCAGGUAUAGAAGGAGUGGCGCAGGCCUAUCAGCAGUGUUUGCCACAGUUGGAGCUCUGGGGACCUACCAACUUUGCUCCUAUUAUCAACCAUGUGGCCUGUUUCGCCAGACAAGCUCUACACCAGGACCUGGCUUCUCAAUACUUUGUGCUGCUUGUCCUCACAGACGGUAUCAUCACAGACAUGGACCAGACUCGUGCUGCCAUCGUGGAAGCCUCUCGCCUGCCCAUGUCUGUCAUCAUAGUGGGAGUUGGCAGGGCAGAUUUCAGCGCCAUGGAAUUCCUCGAUAGCGACAACAAGCUGCUGCUUUCACCUGCGGGAGAAGCUGCUGCCAGAGACAUUGUGCAGUUUGUGCCGUUCAGACAGUUUUAUGGUAACAGUCUGUCCCUCGCUCAGAGCGUCCUGGCAGAGCUUCCUGAUCAAGUGGUGUCUUUCUUCAAUGCUUACAAGCUAAAACCUCCAAAUGCUUCCAGAGAACCAGAACCUUUCCAGCAGAGGCGGUCCUAGCCUGUUUGGUGCCCUGGGUGAACAACCCCUCCGGCACCUCCCCCUGCAUCAAUUAUAUCAGUGUCAAUCAUUCAUGAUUCUCUGCCUCACAGUGGUUAUUUAAUAGACUAUGAAACAUGUUGACAAGUAACCUAUUGCAAUACUGAGUAACUACAGCAGGGUAAUGUAACUUUACCAAGAAAUGUGAAGAGAAUUAGUGGCUGUCAUGCUGACAGAGCAAACAGCUAAUGGCUAACAGCUAACAGCUAAGACUAAACAAACAGGCCUACAUAUAUGUCCAGUUAGUGAAAUAUUCAGAAUAGGAGACAAACCAACUCCUCUUCCAGUUAAUGGCUGUUUAAUACGGUCCAAGCUACAUUAGAGGAUCGUUCCCUUUUUAUACAAGAGUCUAAUAUUAACUUCACAUGUAGUUCAGUUUGAGAAGAAUUUUAAUCUUCAGAACAGUAAUGCAGGGAAAGAAUAUACAAACUCCACCCAGAAUGGUCCCUAGACCAGGAUUUGAA